GUGAUAACAACGUUCCGCUAAUAAAAUGAUGAGUGCGCGAUUAUUCAUCAGAGCUCCGCUGCUUCUGAUGCUGCUGCUGAUGCUAAUGGGCCUGACUGUGGCGCUGCCUGGCAGGGCGAGCUUCCAGGAGUUGCGUAAGCUGCUCAGACAGCAGCAACAGGACGAGCAACAGCUCAAGGAGCAGCAGUUCAACGAGGACCUCAACUCAUGGCUCCAUGCCCUGGAGCAGCUGGGUCAAGACUUGGCCGCAUUUGUGAAUCAGUGCCGUCCACCGGGCAGUCGCUGCGGACAGCGGCAAGUGCAGCGCGGCUUGCGCUCGCUGAGACGCAGCCACAGUGACCUGCGCGCCCAGUUGGAGACCCUUGAGAUCAGCUACGUGGGCAAGAUCAGCGAGGAGGAGCUGCUGAUGCCCGCAUUGCGUGCUGUGAGACAGGUGCUGCACCAAUACGAGGACUUCAUGAGGCUGAUCAACACAGAGGCCUACAAAUUGGUGAGCCAAUUCACGCGAUCGAAAAGCUCCCAGCUGAGAGAUAUACUUAAAUAUAAUUACUGUGCUCAGAUAGGAAACUUGUACAGUCACAUAAAGAAAGUCGACUUCGACAACACGAAGAUUAUAUAAAUAGCUUUGCGUAUGCAUGAAUGUAUAGGUAU